GUCGAAGCUGUUUGCAGAAAUUUAAAAUAUGGAGCAAAUUCACUUGUAAACCUCCAUUGAAGCUCAGAGAAAGGUUCUCCGUAAACGAGGUGGAAGAGAAACAUGAAGCUAUUCUCUCAGCGCGAGCUCUCUGGAAAGGGGUGUUUAGGCACCGUUUGGGUCGCCGGGCAUUGUUUUAAAAGAGUGAAGAGAGAUCAAAUCGCUCGGAUUAACAUCCCUUCUUGUGUCGGAAGAAGGCAUAAAUGGAAAUCUGGAAAUCUGUUCCAUUUUUUACGCGGCAGUGCUCAACGGUCAACAAUGAAGGAUCAGAAAUGUAUUCUAGUCACUGUUAUGUGACCCAAUGGUGCCCAUGUUUCCUGUCUUCAUCUUUGGAGGCCGCACACACCAUUUCUACAUUCUUAGAAAUAACGUUUUGGUCCUUUUACUGAGGGAAGAGAAUUCAGAUAUUGAACAGUGCUUUGUGUUCUGUUCUUGGAUUGCCAGAAUGAAGAAUUAUGGUGAAACCAGCAAAUCAUCUGAAUCCUUGACUAUGAGAAAGGACACAAAGGUCGAUCUACUACAUCAAACUAUGCCAAACAGAAGGGGUGUUUUGUGGUGAUAAGAUAUUGCUAGAUGAAGUCUUUGUUCUCACAUAUAGAGUACUAGGCUAUCUUCUCCUAGGAAUUGUAAGGAUGUAUGCGGAGAAUAUUGACUCUCUAUUGCGUGACUGCGAACGUUUGAUGGCUAAGAUCAACAAUUUUGUGGGAGGCGAAAAAGUUAAUGUGCAUGUUGAACCUAUCCAAGUUCCUCUGUUCUCUGUCACCCGACCAGAGAGGUUUGAACUGGAUGCUUUUGAUCUUCAGAUCACAGAAGAUGGAAAUGGUGUCCAUGACAGACCUCAUGAAGAUCUUACUCUCACAGAUUCAUGGGGAAAUGAUGGCACUGUUCAUUCUUCAUUUAACAAGGAUCAUUUUGAUGAAGAUGCUUCACAUCUGGAGGCUUGCUCUUACAGUUACACUCCAGUUAAAGAUGUGCUUUCACCUCAUUUCAUGUGGAGUGGUAUGACGGCAAGUGCAUCAUAUAAUUUAAGAAAUUCAGGAGAAAGUGUAGAGAAACUUCGUGGAAAUAACUUUUUCCUGGAAGACCGUCUCGAUCCUAUGUCACCUGCUGGGAUUGAUGAAGAACUAGAUCUCUUUAGAACACUUGGUGAGAAGGAUCAGACUGGAGAGCAGAUAAAGUUUCCAGGCACCAACGACAUUAAUGGGGCCAAGGAAGAACCUUCUUGCCCUGUUAGAUCGAUGGAUGAAGAGCAAUCCAUAAUAACUCAUUCCGUAAAGCUUCCAGAAAUAGUAUCAACAGGAAGUAAAAAGUGUCGGAUUAUUAGAGAUGAAAGCCCAGCAUCCAUGGCCACUGAUGUAAGGUGCCCAUAUACUUCAGGUGCUACUACAGAGAAAUUUAUGGUUGCUCAAACUCCAGCUGUUAAGGAGCGCAUUGGGGGUUCAAGGAAGAGGAAAUGUUUGUUUGACGACGACAUUGUCAUCUUGCCUAACAAGGUAAUCCGGAAAAGCAUUGAUGAUGCGAGAGACUUGAUUCGUAAACGAAAGAAAGUUCCUCUUACUGCUCUCCAUGCGUGGAAAUCCUAUCAAAUCAACAAUCUUCCUCAGACAUUUUCGGAGCCUUUGAUUUCCGGUACUUCAUCAGAACUCAGGUCUCUAUUUAAUGGGCAGAAAUUAAACAGACCUCAGACAGACAUUGCUCCUUCAACACCAGUCACCCUCUCAACUUCCGUGACAGUUGUUGAGGUUCCUGAAGAUAGUGACUCAGAUAAAGUGAGCCAUGCAAGCUCAUCGGAUAUCUCGGAGGAAGAAUUCCCAAUUAAUUAUCAAGAGUUCGAUAUCAGCCCAGUAAGUAAGGAGGUAGUUCCGUAUGAAGAAGAUUACUUGGGAAUGAAAGAAAGCUCGCUUAGAAGAACCCGAACUGUAGCGAGGUGCUUGCGCAAAAGCUUCCUGCAUCGAGAAACAAGAAGCAAAACAAACGCAAUGAACUUGAUAGAGGCCCUAAAAGGGAAAACCAAGAGUGAGAGUGCAAGAAUAUUCUAUGAAAUUCUGGUGUUGAAGACUGGAGGUUGUAUAGAUGUGGAGCAAAGUGCACCUUUUGAUGACAUUCUCGUGGUGGAAACCCCCAAGUUGCAGCAGUUAUGUGAAGAAAGUACCAGUUAGGUUAAACAAGCUAUUCUGUCCCUUCUCUGGAAAUAGCAUAGAAAUUCUGGUGUGUUUAUUUGAUAGACAUGGUUUUUAUAAGUUAUUAGGCGUGUCCGGUGAAUUUACUCAGUAUACAGCUGAAAGGUAGUCGAUGUGGGUUUUCAUCGACAACAACAAAAACUUAUAGUUUUAUAUUAUAAGGUGCUUGAUUAUGCAAUAUUAGGUGGUUAGUAUGUUUUAGGGACAGAUCUUUUAUUCACCAAUUGUAUAUAACUAUAUAUUGCUUGUUUGAACUAAAAUUGAAGCUCAUGCCAUUG